AUGUCUUCAGUUGAUGUACUGUUAACAGUAGGUAAAUUGGACGCCUCAUUGGCGUUACUAACCACCCAGGAUCAUCAUGUUAUUGAGUUUCCUACCGUGCUACUACCAGAAAAUGUUAAGGCCGGAUCUAUCAUCAAAAUGCAAGUUUCUCAAAAUUUGGAAGAAGAACGAAAACAAAGAAAGCAUUUCAAGAGCAUCCAAGCAAAAAUCUUAGAAAAAUAUGGUACUCACAAACCUGAAAGCCCAGUUUUGAAAUCUGUCAACGUCACGCAAACAAGUUGUGUUUUGGCAUGGGAACCAUUGAAGCUUGGCUCAGCGAAAUUGAAAUCCCUGAUCCUUUAUAGAAAGGGGAUACGUUCGAUGGUAAUUCCAAACCCAUUCAAAGUAACUACUACUAAAAUAUCUGGUCUUUCCGUUGAUACGCCAUAUGAGUUCCAAUUAAAGCUAACAACCACCUCAGGAACAUUGUGGUCUGAAAAGAUCAUAUUGCGUACGCGCAAAAUGACAGAUAUGUCUGGUAUUACCGUAUGUCUGGGUCCGUUGGACUCGUUGAAGGAAAUUUCAGAUGCUCAGAUAUCCCAAUGUUUAUCUCAUAUUGGCGCAAGACCCUUACAACGUCGCGUUGCCAUAGAUACUACACAUUUUGUCUGUAAUGAUUUAGACAAUGAAGAGAGCAAUGAAGAGUUAAUGAAGGCCAAACACAACAACAUACCUAUUGUCAGACCAGAAUGGGUGAGGGCGUGUGAGGUAGAGAAGAGAAUUGUAGGUGUUAGAGGAUUUUACUUGGACGCAGAUCAGAGCAUACUGAAAGACUAUACUUUCCCACCCGUAAAUGAAAAAGAGCUCGCAAAUUCAAAUGAUGAUGAAACUGUACCUGUGACAGCUGUUGAAAAUAAAGAACCUGAAACUACUGAAGAUGCUAAGCAGAUUGAAACGCACAACGACGGGGACAGGCUUACACACACUAAAGAAGAAAUAGAAGAAAAAGAAGGUGAAGCGACCCAAGAAAGUCCUGUUGAAGACACAUUGCAUGUUUCUGCAACUUUGGAGAAUGAAAACACUGCCGAGACUGUUAAUCCAUCCGUAAGAAGUUUGAAGAGUGAACCAGUUGGCACUCCGAAUAUCGACGAAAACAAAGUGGUCCCUUCCGUAGAGGGCGUAGAAGAAAAACCGAAUGAAAGUGAGGCUCUGCUUGCUCCAAAUGAAGACGCCCCAGAACAGAUUCCUGAGAAUCUCGAGAACAAAAAUACAGAUGUUAACGGACAAACCACUAACGUAUUGAUGGAGACCGAAGAAGAACAGGAGAAUAUACGAAGUGAUGAAAAUAACGUGGAAGCAAAAGUGAUCGAGGAGAACGACGAAACUCUGGAAGGUGCAGUUGCCAAACCUGAAACUCCAGACGUUGAACUUGAAACUCCGGAAGUAAAUGACUUAUUAGAAGGAGCAGAUGAACCUUCCAGAGAAUCAGUUUCAGAGAAUCAGCAAGAAGAUAUAGAAUGUGAAACCGUACCCCAGACCGCUAUCAAGAGUACUACAGUUGAACCAACCAAUGAAAGUGAGCCAACAGAAUUAGGGAUCCAAGAGGAUGUCAGCGAUCAUUCCGAGGGAGCUAGCUCCGAAGUGAACAUCCCUAACAAGGAAGCUCAAAUCUCUGCAGAUCUUGAAGGUAGUCAAGACGCAGAAGAACAAGAAAUUACAGAACCUGACGCAGCUGUCGAUGACGUUUUGCCCACGAAAGAGCCUAAAAAGAACAACGGCAAUACUAAUAACAACAACAAGAAGAAGAAUAAGAAGAGUAAAAAAAAGGGGAAGAAAAAAUGA